AUGAGCGGAGACUGGAAGGCUAGAUCCAGUGUUGCAACUGGACUCCACGGCCUUGAGGGUUCGCUUUCGAGCCUCAAGUGUGGACAAGUAGAUUCCAUUACCACAAGGGGAUUCAACCUGCCACCGCAAAUCCAACGAUCGCUGCGACCGCUGAAUGAAACAGAUGCACCAGAGGUGAAUAAUAAACAGAAGGGAGGGGGUGAUGCUCCCUCGCAAAGUGGAUUUCUUCCAGCCAGCGUGAACCCAAACGGCUCCUGUAAUUUAUACUAA